UGAAGAGAAUGCGCCAUAUAAAAGGCUCUCAAUACUUACACUUGUCACUCGAACAUUUCUAUAAGGCGCCGUGGACGUACGCUCACCCACGACACAAUGGAAGUUCCGAAAUUAAUAAUAUUACUAUGCUGCACAUAUUACUGCGUAGCAUCGCACCACCAGUCCCACAUCAUUCCUGUAGAAGGCUACGAUACCGAACUGCAAGACCUUGGACAACAUGUAGAGAUACCUGAAACACCCGUGAAGGUGAUCAAAAUCACGAAAACCAUUGCUGUUAAAGUACCAGUGCCAUAUCCCGUGAAGGUACGAGAAAAGGUGCCUUAUCCUGUUCACGUGGCCAAACCUUACCCCGUGCCGGUCCCACAGAUAAUUAAGGUACCUCAUAUCGUUUCACCCAAAUCUGGACACCAGCACGAAGGUGGCGAUGAAGGCAAAGCUUACCAGGUCCAGGAAGAUUCGUGGUCGAACGGAGAAAACUCUUAUGCGCCUGAAGGACAUUCCUUCGAAGGGGCACACUCAAGACAGGGCCAAAAUUAUGGCGAAGAUUCUUACGGAGGCUCACCGAUAAGUCAUUAUGAUUCGCCAGCCAGCAGUUACUACGGACAUUCUGGCAAUUCAGACAGCAAUCUCGGGAAUGACUCUGAUGAAUCAAAGAGUUAUGAUCAAGCCAUAAAGGAAUACUUUAAUAAACAUCAGCCUAGCGGUGAUUCAGGCAGUUCCAACAGUUAUAACUACCACUGAGUAAAAUCUGUAGAUCCGUUGUCCUCUGUGUACCUGAGUCUAACUUAUAAUGCAUGUUAGACUGAAUUUAAGUUACCAAAACUUUAUGAAACAAAAACCGAUACCCAAUUGCUUUUUUGUUACUAGAUGUGUACUUAUGUAAUAUUGUUAAUUUUGUAUGUAAGUAAUGGUAAUUUAUUAAUAAAAGAUUGUUUAUAAAA